UUUACCGUCUAUCAACGAUUUAGAGAUUCGUUUUACCCCAAAACGCAGAACAACGCGUAAUUCGCCUGGACUAUGCCGAGCACUUUAUAACAAGUGUGGGCUUGCUCUUCGUCUUUUUACACCGUUUGGAGCAACGCCCAUUUAUGUAACGGUCACUGUGCGCAGAAUGCGACACGCCCUCUGCGCUAGUAAACUGCACACAUUCAAGCAGAACACUGCAAUCCACGUGGACUCUUGGAGCAUGUAGACUACUGUACUCUGGGCAGAACUUUGGUUCUAAACAUGCACAUGUAACAGGCAGCUACUGUUACACAUGUUAUCGGCCAAGCCUGUUACACAGGUACGGAUGGAACUGGUUACAAACCUCGUACAAUAAUGCUAACAGAAAGACAGCAGAAAAGAAAAGAGAUAUAGAAAAGAAACAUGGAAGAGACUAGGCACAUUAACGCUGCUGAUGGCGCUGCUGUGGAGCCACAGGACCAAAAAGAGUUUACAGAUCCCAACCAGCCCGAGGCCAGAGAGAAAUGGGCCAAUAAGACUGAAUUCUUGCUGUCCAUGGCUGGAGAGAUCAUAGGCUUGGGAAAUGUGUGGCGCUUCCCCUACCUAUGCUACAAAAAUGGAGGCGGUGUGUUUUUCAUUCCUUAUUUCAUCUUCCUGUUCUUUUGUGGAAUCCCAAUAUUCUUCCUGGAGACUGCGUUGGGUCAGUACACCAGUGAGGGAGGCGUGACCGCUUGGAGAAAAAUCUGCCCUUUGUUUGAAGGGGUCGGUGUUGCCUCUCAAGUUAUAGUUGUAUAUCUCAAUAUAUAUUACAUUGUGGUUCUGGCUUGGGCUCUGUUCUAUCUGUUCAACUCUUUCUGGGGUACUCUACCCUGGACUUCCUGCAACAACUAUUGGAACACAGAAAACUGCCAAAAUUUAAGUGUUUCAUACACAGGUGUGCAGAGAUCUCCCACAGACUGGUCUUUCCUCUUCAAUGAAACAGAGAAAUUUGGCCACAACUACAGCUUGAGUGCUCAAAAUGGAUCUGAAUGGCCGCCUAUUAAAAUAAUCUUCCCUGAACAAGAUUACUGGUUUCAUCGCAUGUUGCGGGUAUCAAACAGUGGUGGGCUGGAGAGCGUGAACGCUGAUCUUGCCAUGUGUCUUCUGCUGGCUUGGGUCAUCUGUUAUUUCUGCAUCUUUAAAGGGGUCAAGUCCUCAGGCAAGGUUGUGUACUUCACAGCUACGUUCCCAUACCUAAUGCUGUUCAUCCUGUUCAUUAGAGGUGUAACCCUGCCUGGAGCUUCAACUGGCAUUACUUAUUACCUUUAUCCUGACAUCAGUAAACUCUCCAACCCUGACGUUUGGCGUGAUGCAGGUACUCAGGUGUUUUUCUCGUACGCCGUAUGUCAAGGAGUCCUCACAGCGCUGGGCAGUUACAACAGAUACAACAAUAACUGCUACAAGGAUUGUAUAGCACUCUGCGUGCUGAACAGCUCAACCAGCAUCUUUGCAGGGUUUGUGGUCUUCUCUAUCCUAGGGUUCAUGUCCGAACAGCUUGGUUUACCCAUGGAGGAUAUUGUAUCAUCAGGUCCUGGAUUAGCUUUUAUAGCAUAUCCCAGAGCUCUGUCUCUGUUACCUGGACCCCAGUUCUGGUCAUUUCUGUUCUUUCUUAUGAUACUUUUGCUGGGUCUUGAUAGCCAGUUUGUGUGUGUGGAGAGUUUAGCCACAGCCCUCACUGAUCUGUUUCCUGGACAUUUACGCAAACGACGUGAGCUUUUAGUGUUAGUCAUCGCUGUUGUGUGCUUCUUACUGGGCCUUCCAUUCAUCACAAAGGGAGGAAUUCAUCUGUUCAAUGUGAUGGACACCUAUGGCCCCAGUGGAACCAACUUGCUCUUUAUCGCCUGCUUUGAGAGUGUUGUUGUCGCAUGGGUCUAUGGUGCAAAUCGUUUCAAUGACAACGUUGAGGAUAUGAUAGGAUAUGCACCAUUAGGAAAAGGUGUGCUGAAGUACUGCUGGCUCUUCAUUACUCCUUUCAUUUGUGGCGCCACCCUGCUAUAUAACCUGCUGGGUAGUAGAAAUGUGUCCUCUGAUGAAUUUGUGCCCGACUGGACUUACAAAAUCGCACCUCUUUUCACGCUGAUUCCUAUGAUCUGCAUUCCAGUGUUUGCGCUCAUAUCCAUACGAAAGGGUCGUGGCAUCAUCACUCCCUCUAGUGACCUAAAGCAGAUCCGACCGAACAGUCCACGUCUUACAAUUUUUAAUCGAGUUAUCAUUAAACCACAAUUAUCCCCGAUCAAUCAGGAAGAUGUAGAAGAAAAAGCCACAGUAGACUUCACGAGUGGAGUUUGAGGAUGCACCAUUGUGCAGGAAAUUAUACUGUAUGACUUUCUUUGCUUUUAUAUCAGAUCUCAUACACAGUAAAAUGUGCAUUUAUUACCUUUACAAAUUUUAUUUGUAUUUUUUUACUAAACAGGACAUUUAAAGGACUUUUUCUGGCCCUUCAUUUUUGGGUCAGGUUUAGUUAUUCAUAUAAUAAUAUUUUUUACUUAAAAUCAUGAGGCAUCUGUAGAACAUUUUACAUUGUAUUAUCUUGUUUGUUAUAGAUUGAAUGUUAAGUAGGGCUUUGCUGAAAGCUCAGCUGAUUAGCAAGUUAGCAUUCAUUGACAAUGUGUUAUACUUGAAGUAUACUUGAACAUGAAUUGAAACUGUUCAAUACAUAUUUUUAUACGUAUUUCUACACAAUAUUCUCAGGAUAAACUGGAGCUAAGUGAAAUGAGGCAAUUUAUGUAAUUAAAUAUAUAACAUUACGAUUAUUUGAAACUGUGUAUUAUUGAAAGCAUUAUAAAAGUAAACAGCUUAAAUAAACAAAACUUGAAAGAUAUUGUGAAAAUAUACUUGUUCUGAGGCUUAGUAUUAGAAA